GAACAGGCGGUGCCAAAAAUUGAUUACUCUUUCUUUCUAUCUUCUCUUGUUGUAUUACUACUAAUCACUUGAAUUGGAUUGGAUUUGGUUCCACUUCCACUUGCACUUGCACUCCAUCAUCACCCAUUAUAACCCAAACACCAAUUACAAUCCAUCUUUCUGGAUCUGCUAGUUGGUGGAAGUUGGACUAUCGGUUUCAAACUUCACAAGAAAGGUCUCUUGGGUUGGGAAGGAACCUUGUGAUUUUUUCACCUGCUUCCUUCCGUGACUGCUCAACCUCUUCUCUUCUGUCACGUCCAAUUUGGGGUUUUAUUGAUAAGUCAGUUUCAAACUCCAUUUUCUUCAAUUUGAAUUGAUAUCUUCCUCCUCAGUGUGGGGUUAUGGAGACCGUUCAUUCAAGUGCAGAAAGCGAUAACAGACCAACGGUUGAAGUCACCAAGGACAAGAAUGGAAUUGACCAAUUCGUUCUUCGCAACCUUCGUGGUUCUUCUGCAACGGUAAGCUUGCACGGAGGCCAGGUUCUUUCAUGGAAAACAGAACGCGGUGAGGAGUUACUGUUCAGUAGUAGCAAGGUGAAUGCAAUAUUUAGUCCUCCGAAACCCGUGCGAGGAGGAAUUCCAAUCUGUUUUCCACAGUUUGGAGCCCGUGGAUCGCUAGAGCAGCAUGGAUUUGCCAGGAACAAGCUAUGGGUUAUUGAUCAAAAUCCUCCACCGCUUCCCGGUGAUUCCAAUGGAAAAGCCUGCAUUGACUUGCUGCUCAAACCAUCCGAAGACGAUAUGAAGUUAUGGCCACACAGCUUCGAGUUUCGGCUAAGGGUCUCUUUGGCAGCAGAUGGCCAUCUAAUCAUGAUAUCCCGCAUCAGGAAUGUCAAUAGCAAGCCUUUUAGUUUUUCCUUUGCGUACCACACGUAUUUCUCCAUCUCUGAUAUUAGUGAAGUGAGAGUAGAAGGAUUGGAGACUCUUGACUAUCUGGACAACCUGUGCCAGAAGGAACGCUUCACAGAACAAGGAGAUGCUUUGACAUUUGAAUCAGAGGUGGAUCGGGUCUAUCUUGAUUCCUGCGACGUGGUAGCUGUCCUAGAUCAUGAAAGGAAGCGAACAUUUAUGAUAAGAAAGGAAGGACUACCAGAUGUUGUUGUUUGGAAUCCGUGGGAGAAAAAAUCCAAGUCCGUGGUGGAUUUAGGGGAUGAAGAGUACAAGCACAUGCUAUGUGUUGAUGGUGCAGCAGUUGGAAAACCAAUCACCUUAAAGCCAGGAGAAGAAUGGAGAGGCCGCUUGGAGCUUUCUGUUGUGCCUUCUACUUGAUUUCAAAGUGACUUUUAUACUAACAGAAUAAACCACCAUGCAAGCAUUGUUUUUGAGUAAGUGGUAGUUGUUUCUGCAAAUCUUGUCACCUAAAUAAAAGUCUUUAAUGAGCAUGUAAAUAUAUGAGGGAAGUCCUCAUAUCUAAGAUGGUUGACUGAAUUUGAAUAUUCUUCACAUGGUAGGGUAUAUAACUUAGAGGAAUGUUAGCAAUGCUCUUUUAACAUAAACUUCAACGCA